AGGGUAUGUGAUGUGAGAUCGCCAAGUGAUCCAAAGCCGGUUGCUUGCACCAAUUAGGGAUGGAAAACCAUGUCGACGAGGUAAUAAGGAUCGGAUGAUCCUCUCUCACUCACCUCUCGCCGGCCGGGUGGGCCUAUAUAUCAGGCACACCCCACCACCUCCCCCAGGCGCAGAUCGAUCGAGCACCCCAAACUUGCACACAAUCACCAUCAGUUCUAGUAGACAAGACAUAUCGACAUCGACGAUGAGCUCCGUGGACGCCACCGGCGGCGAGAAGAAGACGUCGUGGCCGGAGGUGGUGGGCCUGCCGGCGGAGGAGGCCAAGAAGAUCAUCCUCAAGGACAUGCCCGACGCCGACGUCGUCGUCCUGCCCGCCGGCUCGCCGGUGACCAUGGACUGGAGGUCCAACCGCGUCCGCGUCUUCGUCGACACCGUCGCUCAGACCCCGACGGUGGGUUGAAUGAUAAACGUACCGCCUGCAUGCUGGAUCAAAGCUGCUAGCUAGCGCCUACACCCUUGAUGUUCCUUCCUGAUUACCCUUACUGGUUUAGCUUUUAGCUAGUACACUAGAAAAGGGAAGAUCUAGAGAUCAAAUAAUUGAAGCUCAUCAAAUAGUAUGGGGAAUGGAGCUAGCUGCUGUCUAGAAUAAAACUGAUGGAAUGCAUGAAUAAACAAUGCUGUACGUCAUGAGUGUAUUAUGCAUUUGAAUAAAUGUUCUUCUCUAUCUGUUAUAUUUUCCUAAAUAAAGAAAAUGAAUUAUGAGCA